AUGGUUUUCUCAAGUGACUGCACAGAUCCUAAGCUCCGUGAUCUGAGGGCAUUUUUACCCAAAUAUUUUGGCACAUGGUCUCCUCCAGGAUGCACAGAUGAUCUUUAUUUAAAACUGGAAGAUGUAACAAGGAAGUUUAAUAAACCAUGUAUCAUGGAUGUGAAAAUUGGCCAAAAGAGCUAUGACCCGUAUGCAUCAGCUGAGAAGAUACAUCAGCAGGUCAGCAAGUAUCCUUUGAUGGAAGAGAUUGGUUUCCUGGUUCUAGGCAUGAGGGUAUACCAUGUUGAUUCUGACAGCUAUGAAACUGAAAACCAGCACUACGGACGGAGUUUAAGUAAAGAGACUGUAAAAGAAGGCAUUUCCAAGUUCUUCGGUAAUGACUGUUCUUUGAGGAAGGAUGCCGUGUCUGCUUGUCUGCUGAAAGUUAAACUAAUUCUCAAUUGGUUUGAGCACCAAGACACCCUCAGUUUUUAUGCGAGCUCCCUGCUCUUUGUUUAUGAUGGCUCCUGCCCCCCCAAAAAUACAGAUUUAGUUGAUGGAAAACUGCUGGAGAAGAGUGUCUUUUCUAAAGAGUUGUUUACAGAUGUUGAAGUUCCGGAAUGCAAUAACAACAUAAAUUUGUUGAGUUCUGUGAGCAGCAGGAAGGGAGAAGAGCAUGAAGAGAAACUGUCUAGAGUCUGCGCUAGCCACAAGAAGACCUGCCCCAAGAGGCCACACAGCCAAGCCUUCCUGGAAGGGGAAACUGUAGAGCAAGACAGAGCAUGGAAAAGUCAAAACAGUUCUGCACCAGAACAUCUAAAUGGAAACCUUCUGUCUAAACUGGAAAAUGUCUUCUGUCACAUUUCCACAGAGUCCAGGGAAAACUCGCAGGUUGAUGUCAGGAUGAUUGAUUUUGCCCACGUAUUUCCGAGUGACGAAAAAGACGCUGGCUAUAUCUAUGGAUUGAAAAAUUUAAUUGCAGUCUUGCAGAGUAUUUUAAAUGAAUAA